CCCAGCCAGCCAGAGUGUAGGAGUCCCGGGCUGCGGCCGGCAGCUGCGCUUCAGCAGCGCCCCGGAGUAAUUGCAAACUUGGCCGCAGCCGUUGUCAGCAGGCGCCCGCAGAGAAUGGGGAGGCGCGGCCGCUUCCCCGCCGUCACCAUGGGCCCGGACGCCGGCUCCGGAGUGUUGAGGCUGCCGCUUGUGCUGGGGCUGCUAGCCGCGCUCCUGGUGCCUGCCUCGGACGCGGCGCGACUACGCACGUUGCUCUACACGACCAAAGACCCCUUGGUGAUACUAACGGAGAGCACCUUGAAGCCAACUGUCCUGGGCUCCUCCAGCGCCUGGGUAGUGGAGUUCUUCGCCUCCUGGUGCGGACACUGCAUCGCCUUCGCCCCCAAAUGGAAAGCCUUGGCCAACGAAGUCAAAGACUGGAAGCCUGUGCUCAAUGUAGCAGCCUUGGACUGCGCAGAAGAAGCGAAUUCAGAAAUCUGCCGGAACUUUGGGAUCGUCUCUUACCCUACUGUAAAGUUUUUUAAAGCCUUCUCGGACAGCUCUUUCACUGGAACGGAGUUCCCAGUGUCUGGGAGAAGUGUUGAAAAGCUUCAGGAGUCGCUCGUUGAUGCCCUGGAGACACAUCAUGGUGGACGGUGGCCCCCAGCUUGUCCCCCAUUGGCACCGGUCAGGUUGGGGGAGAUCAAUAAUUUCUUCUUGAGAAACAGUGAUGCUGAGUACCUGGCCCUGAUCUUUGAGAAGAAAGACUCCUAUGUGGGUAGAGAGGUGGAGCUUGACCUUAAUCGGUACAAUGGCAUUAAAGUGCGCAGGGUCUUGGAUGAACAGGAGGACAUAGUGACGAAAUUCAACGUCGCUGACUUCCCUUCUUGCUACCUACUGACCAGAAAUGGCUCCCAGUACAGGGUCCCUGCGCUUAUGGAAUCCAGAUCUCUCUAUAGCAGUUACCUGCAGAAGUUACCUGUUGUGAGUGAAGGGACUUCCACCCCAACAGCCAGUCCAACCACUGCAGAACAUACAACGCCUCAUGUUAUUAGAAAUAUAGAUCGUUCCAAGCUAUAUAUGUUGGAUCUGGAAUCUGCGCUCCACUACAUCAUUCGGAUAGAGGUAGGCAAGUUCAAAGUCCUGGAGGGAAGACAACUGACAGCUCUGAAGAACUUUGUGUCGGUCCUGGCCAAGUACUUCCCUGGUGUGCCCCUGGUACGGAAUUUCCUUCAUGACCUGGAUGUGUGGUUCCAGUGGCAGCAGAGGAAGAGUAUCCCCUAUAGCUCCUUGGAAGCGGCCCUGAACAGGUGGAAAGAGCCUUCUAUUUUGCCCAAGAAAGCAGUCUGGGUGGGCUGCCAGGGAAGCGAGAGUCAUUUCCGUGGAUUUCCUUGUUCCCUCUGGAUCCUUUUCCACUCGCUGACCGUACAGGCAGCUCAACGCAAUGAGUACCUGCAGCAGAAAGCAGAUCCCCAGGAAGUCCUACAAGCCAUCGGAGGCUAUGUGAAGUACUUCUUUGGCUGUCGCGAUUGUGCCGGACACUUUGAGCAAAUGGCGGCUGCCUCAAUGGACCGAGUGAAGAGUAUGGAUGAUGCCAUCCUCUGGUUCUGGAACCGCCACAACCGGGUCAAUGCUCGCCUAGCAGGUGCGGCUAGUGAGGACCCUCUAUUCCCCAAGAUCCAGUGGCCACCAAGGGACCUGUGUAAUUCGUGCCACAAUGAAGUUGAAGGAGAUCCUGUGUGGAAUCUAGGUGCCACCCUUAAAUUUCUCAAGUCCCACUUUUCUUUCCGAAACAUCGUCCUCCAACAUCAGUGGGGCUCUAGGAGGUCUCAUGGACAGCUGGAGAAUGCUACUCUCUCCCUUCCUACCGAACAACCGAGGUCCACGGGGUCACCGGGGGAGGAGCAAGUGGACAAAUUGGGAGAAGGUUUGAGAGGAGGGGAGGGAAAUUGGAUUGGUAUUUCAGAAUCCUUAUUGGCUUGGCUUAAGGGGAGUGAAGUUCCAGUUGUGGAGAGCGCAGUCAUCUCAGAUAACAGCCAUGGCUCGACAACAGAGACCAAUGAUGAAGACAAGUCCCCCGUCAUCUCAGAGGACGGAGACCAGUCCCUAAACUCAGACAAGCUGGGUAGAGCUCUGAUCCUGGAGGAUGAAGUCCAGCCCCUGCUCCCGUAUAGUGCAUCAGAGUCCCUGAUCCUGGACCAAGGAGUCCAUGAGCUGUUCCCCAAACCACACAUUGCACGGAAACUGACCAAGCGAGACACGUUGGCCCUGCAGCUGGAGGAAGGUGUAGAUGAUGUCCAGCAACUGGCCAGUUUCAACAAGAAAAAGGAGAGUGCUGGAAGAUGAGGAGUUUCUCGUCAGUUUUGCUAGGAGCCUUUGUCCCCCCUCUUCAGCCCCAAGGACCCUAUCAAAAACUUGGAAUCCUGGUCACUCUUGGAUUAAUAAAAGAAUGAAGAAGAAAAGAGCCAUAAUUGAGAAGUUCUGGCCCCCCAAUUCAGAGGUCUAGUGCCUUGUUGAGCUCCUGCCGGCUCUGGUCCGAGAUUGGAACCUGGGAGUUUCUGGGCUUAUGCAGCUUUUUUAGGUGUAGGUUUGGAUGUUUGUGUGUUGGGGAGAGUGGGGGGGGGGAGUUAGAAUGAAAUGGAAUCUUUGCCCAGGUGGGUCGGCAUUUCCUGUGAGAACCUGCAGCUACACUUGCUGCUAGCUUUCUUUCCCAAAGCGAUUAUCCUUCCCAAAGCAGCACCAUCAACUUGAGUGCCACAGACUUCACUGGUGUUGGCUCAUCUUGGGGUUGGGGGUGGGGGUGGGGUGCAAUUUGCUCAAGGGUUGUGGGUGGAAUUAUUCACUUAUGUAGCAAGGGGGCAUGGUGGGGACUGCAGGGGGUUGAAGGGUGCACUAAAAUUUAUUUGUGGUGGGUUCUGGGUGGCUUGGUAUGUAGCUGUGAUCAUGGGAGUGGGAAGCUUAAACAAGAGAAAUGAGCUCUUAGCCAGAAGGGAAAAGGCUUGGGAAGAGAUUCAGUUGGCCAUUUCUCCUUUCUGCUGAGCUAAAGCCUCACAUUUUUAGCUAUGUCCUCCUGUAUUCAUCUUUCUGUUUUUCCUCUGAAAGGGCCAUCGGGCAUUGGUUGACUGUAGUGGUAUUGGGAUUGGCUAGUGGGUUUCCUCUACAGACACCAGGUUCUAUAUUGGUCAAAGGGGAGGAUGGGGACAGGAAGGAAGGAUGCAGCCUGAGUCUAUGAAAUGCCUAUCUCAUCUGGUGACUUGCAGAAUAAAUUAUUAUUUUUUUUUUGCUAA